GACAUUCGACGCAAUUUUGUGCGACACUGCUUCAACAACAUUUAUGCAAUUGUCCGAACACAAACAGGAAAACGCUUAAUCGUAGCUAAGGGUAACAGAUGUCUCGCUUAACGCUUUUUGUUUCCAACUGUAAAUAUUUUCUUACAAAUAGUCCGAUCUUGGAAUCACCGUUGAUGGGAUGGUUCCGCCACGCCAGCGGUGCAGUGAAAGAUCGAGAGCCUCUGAAGAAAGCUAUAACCCCGCAGGGGCGGUUUGAUAAGGACGAGGAGAAAACUAAGGAUGCUCUGGAACGGUUUCCUGAUGAUGUGAAUCCUGUGACAAAGGAAAAGGGGGGUCCUCGAGGUCCAGAGCCCACUCGUUAUGGAGACUGGGAGAGAAAAGGUCGAUGUGUGGACUUUUAGUUGGCUGCCUGUCUAAUGUAUUACAGUUUUGCAAGUGAGUCAUGUAAUAUGAAUAUUGUUCAUUUGCUGCUGCUGCUGCUGCUGCAACAACAUGGCGUUGGAAUCAGACAUGCCAUCCUUUCUAUUUUUCCGCCUCUGGAUUAAAUCUAUAAAACCACAGACAUACUGUACAUAGAUGUUGCCUUGAGCUGGUUGGCUUCCUAUGUUGGCAUUGUGCUAGCCGCGUAAUGGAUAAACUAAUGUUAAUAAACUGCCUCAACUCCACGAAAUGUGUUUG